UAGUCAGGGUGCGAAGGCAUCAAUAACAGGAACAAUACUGAGACAAGUCUCGAACUCUUGGACUAAGAUAGAGUUGCCUAGCACGUUGCAGUUUGGAAGAAAACAAGUAACGAUGGCUUUGAGCUCAGAAAAGAUGAACAGUUUGCUAUUGAGUCUUCCAUGCGGAUAUUCUGGUAGUCUACGGAGCAUUGGCUCAAACAAUUCAUCCGUCAUUUCCUCCCUUGGGGAGGUUCACAGCAACCCGACAUUCGAUAGCGCCGAGCAUAGCGACGACAGCUCGAGUGAACGCCAUGAAUAUGAAAGCAUUGCAAAUAGAACUAAUGCUGGACCGAGGAGAAAAACGAAUUUGCUUUACGAAGAGAUGCGGCCCUCACCAACUCUUCCCCUACGCUCAAAACACACUACUGAAUCGGACCGCUCAAGUAGAGGAUCGUCAACCUCCUCUGCGGACUCUGUACCCAAGAAAGGCGAUACACCUAUCAGCAAGACUGCGCUGUAUACUCUUCUAUUGACUAUUCUCGCUAUUUCCCUUGCUGCGUUAGCUCUGGUGGUUCUUAUAAUUGCUGGCCCAUUGAAACCUAAAUGUGGAUGCACAGAGAGUGGCUCGACUAGUCCCCCCCUGACAGAAAUGGGCAGUGUAUCAGUGCAGAACUUACUGCGCACCAUUCAAGAUUUAGAAAAAAGUGUAAAGUCGUUGAAAGACAUGAAAACUGAGAUGGAAGACCGACAGAAUGCUACAAACUCACUUGUUACAAAACUUGAAAAUCAGGUCGGAUCGCUACAAAAACAAGUUUCUAAACAAGCAAAGUUACUCAAUAACACUGCGAACAAGAUCGCCUUUGUCGACGGUUCAGCUGAGCAAAAACUGGACACAAAGAUCAAAAAUUUAAACAAUGAGUUGACGUCGAAAGUAAACGAACUGCGACAAAAUCACAGCCAGGCCAAGAUAAUCAGUAAUCUUUUGAAGGCAAACGUGGCGCAACUCAAUUCAAGCGUCCUGGAACUGAAAGCAUUCAGCGGUAACGUGAGCACAAGGACCGGGAACCUGGAGCAAAGAUACGCACAAGUGAGUACUGUGAUAAAAACGCUGACUGAAGUAAAUGAGGCGCAGAACUCUACCCAUGAAGCUCUUCGGUUGUAUUUAACGACGUUGAAAAACUCAAUAGUGACAGUUAAUGCAACAUUAAAUAAGGAAAAACUCGGCAGUGCUUGCGAACACAACCUUAUUAGAGGAACACCAGUUUCCUCUCGUGGCGCCGGGGUAGAUGCAUCAGUUUCUUACAACCAACGACCAGGUUAUCAAGUGGUGGGGAUAGCGUGUUCUACUGAUUAUGCGCAAGAAUUUAAGCUUAAUUCACCUCAGAAAGGACUUUAUGUGUGUACAUGUCGCGGGAUAGCUCACAGUGCUGCUAACAUCAAUCCUUCAGUAAUACAUUGUAAAAUGCACGUGUGGGAAUGUCCCAUACGCAGGUGACGUUUUACGUACGAACGAGGCUCUGAACAGGGGGAGAUACCAAUAAGUCAUCUCAGAAAAUUGUCCGUAUUCAGAUCGAACAACACGACCGCCCAUUAAAGAAGGAGAGAAAUUUCUGUCACUCAUUGAAUACACUUUUUGUCCUUUUUGAGUAAUUAGCAGCAGUUAAUCUUCAAGUACAGUCAUUACUCAACAAGUCAAGUGUUGGCAGAAUUAGCUGACAGACGAGAGAGAAACUGCCUCAAAUAGCGCCGCAUUCAUAAUAUGCGUAGAGUGCUAAAGUUUUAAGAACUGAAUCAAAAUUAGAAUCUCUCCCUUGUAGCACCCGAGCAUAGCGGUGCAGUACUUCUGAGUAUUAAUAAUUUAACAUUAAGUGCGGCUAGGGAUAAGAACCUCAGUACCUCCAAUUCAAUGGAUCCUUGAUAGAACACAGCGCUAUUGUUUCAGUACUAGGGUCCAUUGUUAUUAUUUUCUGUUUAUAGCUGUUUAUUGUUUCCUCAGCCGAUGAUAAGCCAGCUGGAACAUCUCAAAUGGCCAUUCAGUUCACAAGCAAUUUGUUGUUGUUAUUUUUAAUGAAUUUGUUUAAUCUAGACUUCGAUCAUGUUAGCUGGAACCAACGUUUCAAACCAAGAAGCAAAGGCAAAGAACACUGCGCAAAUAAACAUAUAUUUUGUUACAGAUCAGAAAAUCAAUGGCAAAAAAGAAGAAAAGCAACCAAAAAAAAAAAACAAAAACAAAACAAAACGUGAUUCCAACAAGUUUAAGACAUUAAAAUGAAAUGACGUUGACUGUUCAUUCAGUUGAUUUACAAAUCACAGAUUGCCUCAAUGGAGAAGUACUGGUACAAUUUGAACUCAAAAUCUUCAGGUUUUUGACUUGUGCAUCUAUGUCACAUUUCGAAUUACGAUAACAACUGUAUCUACAAGCAUUUGGAAUGUCUGCAGUUUAUAUUAGUGGGAUGACUAUGUAAGAUAGAUAAGUUCAUUAUUCACCUUUUGAAAAUGACUUUUUCAACAAAAUUGUCUGGUUGGUAUUUAUCUGGCCUUUUAAAUGCUUCUACUUUGCCUUUUUCUAUCAUUUUUCUAUCUAUCUCAUAUCAACAUCACGCCAAACUGGACCCUUCUUAGCAUUUUUAACAGUUUUUACGAACAAACAUUAUGAACAUCAUCAUCAUCAUUAUCAUUAAUUUUUAUUAUUUCAUUUUUUCACGACAAGGACAUCAAAGUCUUCUAUGAUAAAUUAUCCGUAACGGAAAUUAAUAGAUAUUAAGUCUGCCAUAUUUGAUUGUGGCAGAAAACAAUGAUAGCAACGAAAAAUUAUUACAUUUUGAAAAAAAAUAACGUUUAGCAUUUUUAUAUAAUAUAGGCAAAGUACAUUAAUAGAUUAAUGAAUUGAAUUAUUUAUAAUUAUUACGAGAUGCAUGUUUGUUAAUUUUAGGCUAAUAGUUCAAGACUUUUACUUAGUUGAAGUGAGAUUUCUGCUUUUAAGACCCAUCUUUAUUUUAACAGUGAACAUUUAUUUUCUGAGAAUUGUAUCACUCUUUAACUGUAACCGUCUUUCGGUGAAAUAAUAUAUAGUGUUGGAAGCGAUUUUUCACCAUGGUUGAUUGUACAAUAUUCCAAUAGAGUUAAAAUAAAAAAAUUUUGUAAACGUCUUGCGUUGUCUGGAAUGUCACAGUGGGUUUGACUACGUACAGUCAUUUCCAUACCGCUUAGAUGUGUUUA